UUCUUCUUCCUUAAUAUGUUCCAUUAAGUCUGACCAACAAGAAUAUAUAUUACAAAAGGCAAUUUGUGUUUAAAUGUGCUUUAAGUUAAAGCUAUAUCUUCUUGUGCCUCAUUCUCAGCAUCUCCUGAUCAUACAACUGGCUUUAAAUGUUUAUGAACUGGAUUAUGAUUACAAUUCCAUACAGACCAGUUGUCAUAUUAAGGAGGCUCUAGCUAAAUACUUUUCAUUCCUUUUCCUUUCUUGGAAGGCACUUGACCUCGUACGCGGUAAAAACGUCAAGAGGCUGAUGGAUCCAUACUUGGAAGGCCAGUUCUCAAAUGAUGAUGUAACUAAGUUAGUGCAGUUGGCUUCACAGUGUUUGCAGCAUGAACCUCUCGAGAGGCCAAAUGCCAAGUUUCUUUUGACUGCCCUCAUUCCUCUUCAGAAAGAAACUGAGCAGGUUCCAUCAUACGUUCUGAUGGGUAUUCCACCUGGAAAUGUGCCUCCAUUUGAGACAUAGUUAUUUAGUGUCAAAGAGCAUAGGGCUGGACAAUUAUGCAGAGGAAGCUCCAAAAGCGGGCACAUCCUUGGAAGUGAAAAAUAUAUAAGCUGAAAAAUGUAUGGGUAGGGGGGUUUCCAAUUCUUUCAACUAAACUUGUGUCCAGUCAUGAACAAUCACUCUUUAGCAUAUUUGAACUCUGCUCCGCAGCACCAAAGGAUUAACUGUAUAUUAGGUUGGUGUUGGUGUUUCUUUUCAUGUAUUUUGGUCCUAAGGGUUCAACAGAAGUCAAAUUACUUGUUUGUUUUCCUCUCCUAUAAAUGUUUUUGGGUUUCUGAUCAUGCAACAUGUCUUUUCUGGACUAGAUACCGCGAGGUCUUUGAGUGACUCAACUUCUAGCAA